GCAGGAGAGAGAGAACCUGGAACUUCGAAUACAUUAUACACACCCACUUCAAUCCCGACGUAAUUCCUAUGUUGUGAGACUCCCGCUUUUCUGGUGACCGAGACAGGGGGAACGUCGAACAGCAAUUGAAAAAUCGCCGCUCCGAUCUCGAAUCUCCUCUUCCAUCCAAGCAUCUUUCGCCCAACAUGAUCGCCCACCGGCUCGGCCUCGCUGCCGUGGUGCGCAGCGCGACGAAGCCCAAUGUCUUCUUCAGACAGAACAUCCCGCGCAUGGUCCUCGCCUCUGCCAUGUCAACCUCUCAGGCCCGACCUAUAUCGACUCAGAAGCUCUCCCGGGAGGAAGGCCAGCAAGUCCUCGCCAACCAGCGCCUGAACCGCCCCGUCUCCCCCAACCUGGGCAUCUAUAAAAUAGAGCAAACUUGGUUCGGCGCCUCCGCCUGGACCCGUAUCACCGGCUGCGUGCUCUCCGGCGCGGCCUACGUCUACUUCACCGCAUACCUCGCCUCGCCUCUCCUGGGCCUCCACGUCGAAAGCGCUGCGCUAGCAUCCAGCUUCGCUGCCUUACCCUUCGUCGUCAAGGGCGCUAUUAAGUUUACUCUAGCUUUCCCCUUUACCUUCCACUUUAUCAACGGUAUUAAGCAUCUGGUCUACGACUUAGGUAUUGGCUUUGCUAAAACUCAGAUUAAGAGGGGAGAGGCUGCUCUAUGGAUAUUAAGCUUCCUUGGUGGUGGUUACUUGGCUUUUGGCUUAUAAAGGAGUAUUAAUGGAAGGUUUAGAAGAAAUAAGGGGAGGGGAUCUUACAAGAGCUGCAUUAUACCACUGUUAGAGAGCUGGGCACAAAGAGGAGAGUGAUGAAAUCAAAGAAGAGAACAAUAUGUAUUCUAGCCACUCUCCAGCAGCUAGAUAUUUAAUAAUGACUAAAUUUAUCUCUAAACCUUC